UGUUUCCUGCCGUGUCACAAGCGCUGUCUGGAGACUCUGGCCAUCCAGUGCGGCCACAAGAAGCUGCCGGGCCGCCUGCAGCUUUUCGGCAGGGACUUUUCUCAGGUCGCCAGCUGCGCCAGUGACGGCAUCCCCUUCAUCAUCACUAAGUGCAUCUCUGAGAUAGAGAGGCGGGCGCUCAAGAUGAAGGGCAUCUACAGGGUGAACGGGGUGAAGACUCGUGUGGAGAAGCUGUGUCAGGCCUUUGAGAACGGCAAGGAGCUGGUGGAGCUGUCCCAGUGUUCACCACAUGACAUCGGCAACGUCCUCAAGCUUUACCUCAGACAGCUGCCGGAGCCCAUCAUGCCGUUCCGCCUGUACAACAGCCUGAUGGGUUUGGCGAAGGAGAGUCUGCAGGGUGAAGCGGACACACCAGAGGGAGAGGAGGCCGAGUCCAACAGUGUCAGCCCGGCAGUGGGGAAGGGGCUGGUGGAUCUGGGCCCUGAAACCGACCCUGAGGUCCUGGUCCUGGUGGAGAAGCUGAAGGAGCUUUUGAAGGAGUUGCCCAAAGCUAACAUCGCCACGCUGCGCUACAUUAUUCGCCACCUCCGAAAGAUUGCAGAGCUGGAGGAUGACAACAAGAUGAGUCCCAGUAACCUGGGUAUUGUGUUUGGUCCCUCCCUGAUGCGUCCCCGUCCCACCGGGGCCACGAUAUCUCUGUCUUCUCUGGUUGAUUACCCCCACCAGGCACGCAUCGUGGAGGCCUUAAUAGUCUUCUAUUCGUCCAUCUUCCAGUCCAAAACCUCCCAGUCCCACAAAACCGGUCGCUCUGCUUCCACCUCCACUCAGCAGGGGAGUAUUGGAGAUGACAAGAUUGGGAGCUCUGCUGAUGGAGAGGAUGGAGGUAGA